GCGGGCAAAGUCCUCCGCCAUGAGCGCGACGCGCGGCGGCCUCUCGGCCCUCCCCGUGCUGCCAGGGGAGGUGGUCCUGGAGGCGGCGCGGGGAGUGCGGCACCGCGGGGCGGGCGGCUCGGUGCGGGGCACGCUGCUCUGCACCAACGUCCGCGUGGCGUUCGUGCCCGGAGCGCAGCCCCCCAGCUUCAGCCCCUUCCUGCAGAGCGACUACAGCGUGGCACUGCGCUGCAUCCGCACACUGGUGGCAGCCAGCAGCUUCACCAAACCCACGGUGCUGACGGCCGCCUCCAGCCUCACCUUCGUACCCGAGGAGCUGGCAGUUUUCUGCCGGGAUUUCCGUCUGCUGCGCUUCCACUUCCCAGAGAACGGGCUGGGGCUGCAGGCGUUCCGGGUGGCCAACGCCAUCGCACAAGU